ACACGAUGGAUACCCUAAACCUCGUUGUGACGAGAUUCUUACACAUCAAUCAGAUCCAAAUUGACACCUUGAAUGCAAAUCAGCUCAAACUCAAACAGUCCUUAGAAACCGUAUGGGGACAAUUAGAGUCACUAAAAGUAGAAGAUAAUGAAACGCCUGCGUAUCAUGGGUACACGGAAGCCGUAAUUCUAAGUUUUUUCGAAGUUAAGGAAUUACAAUGAUUAAUUGGUUCAGUAAUGACUGCCAUCCAAUUAGGAAAGCAUGGGUAUUAUUGCCAAUACUCUCUUCACUCUAAAGGAACUUGAGGCAGCACUUCAAGCUUUCGAUGCCCAUAAUAAAAAGACGCUAAUACCUAUGACGGAGGAAAAUUACGAGCAGUUUUUUAAAAUAAGCGAUUUAACGAUACCUACAGAUAUAGGCAAACUUAUCUAUAUACUCACAGUGCCUCACCUAGAAAGGGAACCAUGGGUGACGAUCCAGAAUACUCCGGUACCCGUAAGGAUAAAUCGUACUUAUCUCACACUUAAUCCAACCUAUGCUUUGAAAUUAGUACGUAAGAAUUUGAUAAGAGAAGUCACGUUUCCUCAACUGAAGCAGAUAACUAAUUAUUUCAUCGCUGAUAACCGUGACGUGGGGCAUCGUGACGAUAGCAUAGAACUUUGCGAAAAAUUAACCGACCCUACACCAAGAGAAUACACCCUCAGUCAUUUUCUUGUGAUAGACAUUGCUUACAUAAGAACGCAAGGUUCACAAAUAAUCUUACCCUCCAAACCAUUCAAGGUAACCAUAACAUGCCCCCUCCCCUAACGCAGAGCUUUAUUAUUCAAAUUGUCGACCCAUCCGUCAUAACCACAAAUCAGAGUCGUGAACUUCACACUUUGAAAACGCGAGUCAAAUUCAUCGUAGAAUACACGACUUCUCAAUUAAUAGAAAUACAUGCAGAUACAAUUUCCCCGCUAAAUAAAUUUGUGACCGGCUGGGAAGUUGUAUUGCACCAUAUAAUUACCUUGGAUACUCUCAAGGAGCAAGGACAAGGCAUUUUGAACCUCGAGAGUAUCCUCGCGAAUAACAAAGUGACCCUCAAGGUUAGCGAUACUUGGGCUACCUUCAAACGUACAGGGAUCCCAUCAAUUGCUGCCAUUACCGAAACAAUAUCCGCCUUGCCUAUUUUACUUUUACUUUGGAAAUUUAAUACACCUACAUAUAUCUCAGUGUUGUUCAGAUAUUGUUGCCCUAAGAAUCCCUCUGCUCUGGAAGUUAUAGAACGUGAGAAAUUAAAACUCAAGAUUGAGGAACAGGCUAAACGUAACGAAAGAGUCCUACGAGAGAUCAGAAAUUGCAGAGACGCGUCUUUGUCUUCCUCGGGGGGGUGUAAUAGAACUUG